GUAAUGGGAAGAGCAGAAUAGCAUGGUAAAUUAUUUUCACAUUAGAGAUAUUUUAAUCACUAAAUGUGUUUGUUUGCUUUUGUGUGCGUCUGUGGGAAAAUCCCAAUGGUAUCCCAUCUGCGGACAUUUCCUGGCUCAAAAACCACAAUGAAAGAGGGCUGUUCACCCCCGUUCAGAUCUACAAGGACAACACUGGUGUGUUCAGGCGACGACAGGUGUUGAAAUCGGACUGCAUGUGGUUUUACCCAGAAGGACCUCCCGGCCAUGUCAGGGGUGCCCCGCCAACUCCACAGCUGUUUUUUCGUAGCCGUGUCUGUGUGGCGUCCUGUUGGAGUGUGGAGGUACUCCCUGAAGUGACCUUGAGGUGAUGAGUGUCUGGGUAGAGGACAGAACGUGCACCUCUCCAAGUCUGUCUGCCAACACCAGGUACGUUACAUCUGAGACGAGUCCACCUGGUACAUGGUGCCCACUGAGGUCCUGUGCUGUGGACCAGGUAAAAAGGUGACCAGGAGCAGAGAAGGUGGAAGGCUUGUGGGAUCCCGCUAUUUUAUCACAACUUAACGAAGCUCAUCAAGCUAUGUUCCCUGCCAUCCCCACCAGGAAGUGGUGAAGCAGCUGUCUGGGGAUGGUGGAGGCUCAGCUGAGUGGUUCACAAGCGUCAGAAACAAGCACUGCGAAAUAGGUUCAUUUGUGCUGACCUGUGAGGAGUCCACAGAGAAGCUGAAACCAAUGUGCCGUGGGGUCAUGGAGAGGUCCCGGCUGGCCAAUCAACCGGUCCCCAAAAUCAUGUAUGUGGACCGUGGGUGUGGCCGUGUGCAGGGCCCAACAGCGCUGGGGAUUUGGUUCCAGCCUUGGGUGGACAAUGGGAUGGUUGUGCGUCUGGACAUCUUUCCCUGGAUCCACAGGUUAAACGCAGCCACACGCACAGAGUCCCACUCCAAGUAUGCUACGUUCAAGUCUGCGCUAGCUGGGGCAGUGCUGGCCUAUAACCGCACAGACCUGAAGCUGCUCAUCAAGGCCGUCAGAGCCAAGGACCCGGCAAAGCUGUCAGAUGAGGAUGUUGUCCGCCACUACAUUUCCAGGGAGCACCUCAAACACCACGUGUGGGGGGGUCACACUCAGGAAACGUUCAGGAUUAUCCACCUGGCCAUUGAGGAGCUGAAAGGUCAUGCUGGGCUGGACGAGAGGAGUGAGCUGUUUCAAAACACCUGGUCCCCACUGUGCAGCAUGGCCUAUCAGGUUUACCAAAAAAAGAGUUUCUACUCUGCAAAAAUGAUGUCCCCAUCAAAAGGCCUGGACUACAAUGUGUUUGACAUCUACAAAUGUUGUAGCAGACACACGGCUACUCACUAUGGCCGGAGGGUGAACAGUGGCGGUUUCGUCGCUGGUGAGUGUGAUGUGGGGCAGGACGGCAUCCAGCGCACGGUCGUGUGCCUCCACAUCGCUCUGGUACGCCUCGUCUGCGUCAUCUGGAUCAGGCUGCCCAGGUCGGACCACCUCCUCUUCUGGACCAGGUCCAUCGUUGACAAUGUCCUGAAGAGAGAAGGGCCCAGAUCCCCCCGUGCUCCAACCCUAACCCUCAUGCACAACCAUCCCAUUGUCCACCCAAGGCUGGAACCAAAUCCCCACUGCUGUUGGGCCCUGCACACGGCAACACACGGUCCACAUACAUGA